AUGGUUAGGAAGGAGUUAAUAUAUUGCAUCUUGAUCUUAGUAAUGAUGGUGAUGACUAUGGUGGUGAGUGUGUCUUCACAGGAUUAUGGAGAUGCCUUGACGAAGAGCAUUUUGUUUUUUGAAGGCCAAAGGUCUGGAAAGUUGCCUUCUUCCCAGAGGGUUAAUUGGAGAAAGGAUUCUGGUGUGAAUGAUGGCAAAGAUAUCAAGGUGGAUUUGACCGGAGGCUACUACGAUGCUGGAGACAACGUAAAAUUCAACUUCCCAAUGGCAUUCACCACAACCCUUCUAGCGUGGAGUGUGAUAGAAUUUGGGCAGUUCAUGGACCCAGACCUUCAAAAUGCGCUGGACGCCGUUCGAUGGGGCACUGACUACUUGCUCAAAGCUACCACCACUCCUGGCACUGUCAUUGCUCUUGUUGGCGAUCCCUUCGGUGACCAUAAUUGCUGGGAAAGGCCUGAAGACAUGGACACUCCUCGGACCACUUAUGAAGUCAACACUAAGUCUCCCGGUUCAGAAGUCUCAGCAGAGAUAGCCGCUGCGCUUGCUGCAGCUUCCAUAGCUUUCAAUGCUUCUGAUUCUCAGUACUCCCAAACACUUGUAACCCGGGCAAUAUCGGUAUUCGACUUUGCAGAUCAGAAUAGGGGUUCCUACAACGAUGCUAUCGGUCGCGUGGUGUGCCCAUAUUAUUAUUGUGAUGGCAGUGGUUACAUGGAUGAAUUGGGUUGGGGAGCAGCAUGGUUAUACAAAGCAACUAACAACGAGUCUUAUUGGAACUAUGUUCAAUACACCAUAAACAAUUUGCCAAAGUAUAUAAAGGUGAUGGAUACUGAUGGAACCCUAAGCUACCGUGAUAACUUUGCAGAAUUUGGAUGGGACACCAAAGUUGCGGGCAUUAACGUCCUUGUCUCCGGGUGGGUACUGCAGGAAAAACUUGAUCCAAGUCCCUUUGUCCUUGAUGCUGACAGAUUUGUUUGUACCAUAUUGCCUGAAUCGCCUACUAAAUCCGUUACAUACUCUCCAGGUGGGCUCCUGUUCAAAAAUGGUCCAAGUAAUAUGCAGCAUGCAACGGCAUUGUCUUUUCUUCUUGUUGUUUAUGCUGGCUACUCAAAACGUAAUGGAAGACAGAUUCAAUGCGGUGAUGUUGUUGUCUCUCCGGAUAGGCUUGUAGAAGUCGCAAAAGGCCAGGUGAAUUACAUUUUAGGAAACAAUCCAUCGGGCAUGUCAUACAUGGUGGGAUAUGGUGACAAAUUUCCGAACAGGAUACAUCACCGAGGCUCAUCCUUACCUUCCAUGGAUGCACACCCAGAUCGCAUUGACUGUAAUGGGGGAACGCCCUACUUCCAGACCCAAGAUCCAAAUCCAAACUUGCUAACGGGGGCUGUUGUUGGAGGACCUGCUCCCGAUGAUUCAUAUGCAGAUUCUCGAGCCGAUGUUUCACAAUCGGAGCCAGCUACAUAUAUAAAUGCUCCUCUCGUUGGUUUAUUGGCAUACUUCAAAGCUAAUUCUUAAAGUGAUUGUCAAUGAGCAGUCACAUGUUCCGUGAUUGGGUUUUUCACCCACAAUCACCCCCUUUUCUAGUUUGUUGUUUUCAGAAUCUUGCUUUUAAGAAAAUGGUAAUCUAAUGUCCACA